AUGGCAGUGCACCAAAGAUAUUAUUCACAUGAACGGUUUUACCAUCAAAACUAUCUCUCUCCAUAUCAACAACAACAAUAUAACCAUCCACAACAACACUACCAUCAACACCAUCCGCAACAACAACAUCAGCAACACCAUCCGCACCAGCAAUACUAUUUCCAUCAUCAAUCUAUUCCUAUUUACUACCAUCCCCAAUACCAACAACAACAUCAUCAUCCACAACAAAAUCAGCAAUCAAACCAAUCGCAAAUGCAUCAGCAACAACAAAACGAUAUCCCCCAACAACAGCAGUGCCAACAUCAUCCGCAACAAAAACACCAUCCGCGACAGCAAUACUAUUUCCAUCAUCAAUCUAUUUCUAUUUAUUAUCAUCCCCAAUACCAACAACAACAUCAUCAUCCACAACAAAAUCAGCAAUCAAACCAAUCGCAAAUGCAUCAGCAACAACAAAACGAUAUCCCCCAACAACAGCAGUGCGCACCAGAAAGCCAGGACCUACGCUUGCAGCACCUGAGAAUCGCCGCCAGCACCAAAGAUAUCAUUCACAUGAACGGUUUUACCAUCAAAACUAUCUCUCUCCAUAUCAACAACAACAAUAUAACCAUCCACAACAACACUACCAUCAACACCAUCCGCAACAAAAAACAUCAGCAACACCAUCCGCAACAGCAAUACUAUUUCCAUCAUCAAUCUAUUCCUAUUUACUACCAUCCCCAAUACCAACAACAACAUCAUCAUCCUCAACAAAACCAGCAAUCAAACCAAUCCCAAAUGCAUCAGCAACAACAAAACGAUAUCCCCCAACAACAGCAGUGCGCACAUUUAAAUACAUUUCGUAUUUGA